CUGUUAGAAAAUGCAUGAAUGUAGUAAUAAAAGAAUAAGGCACUAUACUUUACCUCAGUAACUGUGGUAUUAGUAGAAACAUAGUAAAUAUUGGAGGUUUGUGAGCUGUCUGUGAGAGGACUGAGUAUCAGUGGUAAGGGUGUUUGAUAGCCGGGAUCAGUCGGUAUGUCGGUACAUUUUGAGGAGAGGAGCGGGGUUGUACCGUGUAAAACUGAAUGGGGAUGUUGGUAUCAGACCAUGGACGAGGUGUUUAUAGAGGUUCAUGUUACUGCUGGUACCUCCAGUAAAGAAAUUCAAUGUAACCUGGGUAGUAAACACAUCGAGCUCAGUGUGAAGGGGACAGAACUAUUUAAGGGAAAGUUAUUCGGUACAACAGUGAGUGACGAAGCAACAUGGACCCUCGAGGACAAAAAGCUGAUCAGGAUUAUUCUAAUGAAGACGAACCGUGAAGCUGGAAAUUGCUGGACAUCACUUUUGGAAGACAGAUACGCCGCUGACCCAUGGGUUCAGGAUCAGAUGCAGAGGAAACUCACACUGGAGAGGUUUCAGAGAGAGAAUCCUGGAUUUGACUUCAGUGGUGCAGAAAUCUCUGGAAACUUCCAUGGCGGUGGACCGGAUUUCUCCAGUUUACAAAAGUAGCUGCACAAAUCUGUGAGAGCCGGAGGACUUUGUACUGACUGGGUGUUUUGGGUUGCUGGAACGAAUCUACAUCUUUGUUGCACUCGGCACUUAAGUAACUGAAUGUUCAAUUCUAAAACAUACAAAUACACAGCAGAUUCUGGUUACUUCCACAUACGUAUGUCAAUACACUGAGGUGCCGGUUUAUUAGGUACACCAGUCUACUAUCUAGUCAAUAGUCAACAAGAGCUACACAGUAAAGUGUAUUACUAGAUGUUGCAACAUAGGCCUAUGCAAUACUGUCAUUACAAUAACCUUGUUAGUAUGUACUCUAACCAUUCUGCACAACCAAACUGGCAAAACUUGCAACGUUUAACAGUAAAAUAAAUGUUUUAAUAUUCAAGUCUACAUUUAAUGUGUCAAUAAAGCUUUUUGAGCAUCUUAUUUCAAAACCA